ACGAGACGGAUACAUGACAGAGCUUUCGGGAAGAAAGAGAAGAAGGAUGAAAAAUAUAAAAAGUUCAGUCACGAAGAACAGAUCUCUCGUACGCUUCUAUCAAAGCAUCUGAUUUAGUGGUCGCGCUCAGUUGACGCGUACCUGUCAAAGAACGAGGAUAUGUCAGGGGUCGUGGAGUGCCUCUUACUGACUGUCAUCGCGUCAUGCGUGGCCGAGCAAGGUAAUUCGAGGGAAAUACCUUUCACGAGGGAGAAGUAUUAUCAUAAACCUGGCCGGCUGGUGGACAACCAGAUUGCCACGUUGUCUAAUCUCAGCAAUGUUACUCACAUGAAUGAGGUCUUGGAUAACAUAUGCAUAGUAAGGAUUGUGGGGACUCCUGAACACGUGAGAGUGCGACAGUAUAUCAAGAGAUCAAUGACAGAUCUAGGUUGGACAGUAGAGUCAGAUGUAUUCAAAGCCGAUACACCUAUAUUUGGCAAACUGGAGUUUGAAAACAUAAUAGCGAAAUUAAAUCCUAAUGCAAAAAGAUAUUUAGCACUAGCUUGUCAUUUCGACUCAAAGUAUACGAGAGAGAGAAAUUUUGUUGGCGCCACAGACAGUGCUGUACCAUGUGCUCAAAUGAUUAAUUUAGCGACUGUUAUGAAUAGUUAUUUCAAUAAACAACAAGAUAUUAGUUUAAUGCUCAUUUUCUUUGAUGGAGAAGAAGCAUUCAAGGAAUGGGGUCCAAAUGAUUCCAUUUAUGGUGCCAAACAUUUAGCUCAGAAAUGGCAUAAUAAUAAAACUGCUUAUGACAGUGAGAAUUAUUUCUCCGAAUUGGAUAAGAUGGACAUGUUAGUCCUCCUUGAUUUAUUAGGAGCACCAGAUCCAACUUUUUACAAUUAUUUUGAAAAUACCGAGAAGUGGUAUUCUCUUUUAGUCAAUACCGAAAAGAAAUUAGCUAAUAUGAGAAAAUUCGAAUCUUAUACAUAUAAUAAACCAAAACAGAGCUAUUUUCAACCAUACUCUUUUCAACCACAUAUUGAAGACGAUCAUAUCCCUUUCUUAAGAAAAAAUGUACCCAUUCUACAUUUAAUACCAAUCCCGUUUCCGACCUCUUGGCAUAAAACGAGUGAUAAUCGACAUAAUAUCGAUUUGAAAACUACAGAAAAUCUUAAUAAAAUAUUGAGAUUGUUUGUGGCUUCUUAUUUACAUUUGUCGAUUCUCUAACGGAAUCAAAAAAUGUUUCUUAGACAAAUUUGAGAGAAAACUUGUUAUAUCGAUGAAUCAAAAGAAAUACAUAGUGUUAAGUCUGCAAAACAUAACAUAUCUACUAAAAAAAAAAGAAAAUUUUAAUCCCAAAUAUUAAAUGUAUUGGAAAAAUUAAUAUUUCACAUACAGCUAUCUAUAUUUUUUUAAAAGAUUUAUUGUUUAGAAUGUCUGUUUUGCUAUGAAUUUUUCUGGAUCAAAAAUUUUGUAUUAUUCCUCCGGUGAUAUUCUUGUAUAAUUGUAUCAUAUGUAAUUUGUUAUGUGAAUGCGAUUGUACAGUAUUACAUAAAUUACAUAUUUGUA